AUUUGGGUAGCCAAUAAGAUCGUCCACUUUGUGGACACGAGUUGUGCGCUUGACUGUACCGUAUGUAACCUUAACAGAAAUUGGUUGUCAAGAGUCAAGUGUCGAGAGUACGGAAGCGGGCGACAGCGCGAGAAGAGUUCACUCACCGGAACUGACCGGAACCAAUGACGUUAUUUCAAAGGAACAAACACUAUGCAGGUCUUAAAAAAAUGUCCGAGACAACACUAUGCAGCGCUCAAUCGGGUAUUUCAUUUCUCACCCAAGAACGUUUAUCUUCCACGGGAAAAAUUUUGUUGCAACGUUAAGUACCCGAGUUGUGCGCAUAAUAAUGGAGCGCACAGGUUACUGCUUCCCAUGUCUUAUCACGUUUACAAAAAAAUAUACAAAGAACUCCAAGCUAUGCAGGUUGCGUUAUUGUCUGGCAAUUUUAGUUUCUCUCCAAAAACCAACACCAUUCGAUAUUUUAAUACAACGUGUAGCAAUUCCAACAAGCAAUCAUCCAAAGAAUCAAGUUCUGGAAAUUCUGACAAGGAACCUGAUAAAAAUGAGGAAAUGAGAAUACUUAUGCGUAAGAUCACUAUAUGGGCUGUGAUACUGUAUGUUCUCUUAAUUGUGUUAAAACAACAGAUGGGCACAAGUACAGAACCAGCAGCUUCUGUGUCUUGGAAUGAAUUUGUAUAUGAGAUGUUGAGCAAAGGAGAGGUUGAAACAAUUAUAGUAAAUCCCGCUAUUGAACACGUUAUAAUUAUGGUACACAAUGGUGCUAUUAUUAGGGGAAGGAGGACUCCCUUUAAGAGAUAUCACAUGGCAGUUCCUAACAUUGAGAAUUUUGAAGAGAAAUUAAGAAAGGUGGAGAAAGAUCUUGGCAUAAAACCUGGCCAAGAAGUACAAGUGAUUUAUGAGAGAAGACUGGAAUAUGUAGCGAGUAUUAUAAGAUUUUUGCUUAUUGGGUUGCUAGCUAUGGCUGUCCUUACCUUUAUGAGAAAACGUUUCUCUUUCAAACCCAUGGAGUUUAUCUCACAAAUGAAACAAGCAAAGUUCACUUUGGUGGAACCGUUAAUGGGGAAAGGUAAAGGUGUACAUUUUUCGGACGUAGCUGGAUUAAAGGAAGCUAAGAUUGAAGUAAUGGAGUUUGUCGAUUAUCUCAAGCAUCCGGAACGUUACAGAACACUUGGCGCUAAGGUGCCGCAAGGCGCUCUGCUUCUGGGACCUCCCGGUUGCGGUAAAACGUUGCUAGCUAAAGCUGUAGCGACCGAAGCAAGCGUCCCCUUUUUAUCCAUGAAUGGUUCCGAGUUUAUUGAAGUAUUCGGUGGUUUAGGCGCUGCUCGUGUCAGAGACUUGUUCAAAGAAGCCAAGAAAAGAGCACCUAGUAUCAUAUAUAUCGAUGAAAUCGAUGCAAUAGGUAAAAAACGUUCUGAAGGUUCACUUGGAGUCAGUAACAGCGAGUCUGAACGAACAUUAAAUCAGCUUUUAGUAGAAAUGGACGGAAUGAUAGCAAAAGAAGAUGUUAUUAUAUUGGCUUCUACAAAUAGGGCGGACGUGUUGGACAAAGCAUUGUUGCGACCCGGCAGAUUCGAUCGGCACAUUUUGAUCGAUCUUCCUACGCUAGAAGAGAGGCAACAAAUUUUCGAAACUCAUCUCAAGAGAAUAUCUUUACAAAGUGAACCUUCAAAAUACUCAGGAUAUUUAGCUUAUCUCACGCCAGGCUUUAGCGGUGCUGAUAUAGCAAAUGUCUGCAACGAAGCGGCUUUACACGCCGCGAGGGACAAAAAGAAACAAGUUGAUGGUAGCGAUCUUAUGUACGCGAUUGACAGAACAAUUGGCGGUUUGACAAAGAGAAAUAACCCAUUGACGCCAUCUACAAAACGAGUCGUUGCUUAUCACGAAGCCGGUCACGCUUUAGUGGGCUGGUUGUUGGAACAUACCGAUGCCUUGCUCAAAGUGACGAUAGUACCGCGAACCAACUUGAAUCUGGGAUUUGCACAGUACACUCAAUCCGAUCAGAAACUUCAUAGUAAAGAGGAACUUUUCGAACGAAUGUGUAUGAUGCUCGGUGGCAGAGUUGCAGAGUAUAUUACGUUUGACAAAAUCUCAACGGGCGCGGAAAACGAUUUGAAAAAAGUUACAAAAACAGCCUAUCUUCAGGUGCAACAAUUUGGAAUGAGCCCAGCUGUGGGUUUAGUUUCUUUCAACGAGGAAUACACUGAUCCGAAAAAUAAAAAGCCAUAUAGUAAAAAAUUGGCCAAUUUAAUGGAUGCCGAAGUGAGGAGAAUAAUAGGAGAAGCGUACGAACAAACUCGACAGUUACUUUUAAAGAACAAGGACAAAUUAACUGUGCUUGCAGAAGCUUUACUAGAAAAAGAGACAUUGACGUAUGAUGAUGUGGAAAAAUUAAUCGGACCACCACCGUUUGGGAAAAAGCGACUUGUCGAGCCGGCAGAAUUCGAAAAAUCCGGGCCAGCGAGAGAAUCCCCAUCAGUAGACAGGAUAACGGCGUAAAACAUGUGUUUUAUUAUUUUUGUAGAUAUUUGUAUAAAAACGUAGUAUGAUAUAAAAUAUCUCAGGUUUUGAUAAAUUA